AUGUAUCCUCCACAUUAUUCACAGCAGCCACAACAGCAGUCACAUCAGCCACCUCAGCCACAACAACAACAGCAACAAGGAGGUGAUGAUGAUGUAGGAUUCACAUUUGAACAUGUCUCUGCAACUCAACUCAAUCAACAACAACUACAACAACAACAGAAUAUUGAUUUCGAUUCACUUGUAAAUAACAAUAGUAGAAAUAACACCAAUAAUAAUAAUAAUAGCAACCUAUACAACAACAGUGGAAUACAUGCUCCAACAACUUACCAUGCCUCCUCAAUCAAGGCACCGUCACCACCAGCAGUGUCACCAGUCAUAUCACACAAUAUUAAAUCAUCAAUAUCCAAUGUCGACUAUCUGUUGCCUUCCAAUAAUGUACCAACAGCAGCAACAACAACAUCAUCCCCACCAGCAAGUGUAGCCUCACCUGUUUUGGAUCAACAACAACAUUCUUCACCUCAAUACAUGCCACCUACCCAGGUGCAGCAGCAACCACCACAGCCACAGCAACAGCCACAAGCCCAACCCCAAGCUCAACCUCAGGCACCCAGCUUCAUGCAGACUCUACAGAUGAAGCAACAACAGCAACAACAACAGGCCUCACAGCAGCAGUCUAUUAAUGAUCUGUUGGCUCAAAUAAUGAAGACAAUGGAAUCAAAGUUUGAGCUGGUGAUGGACGUUGUUAACAAGACCAACGAGAAGGUGAUCGCAAUGGAACAACAGAUAAAGGAUCUCGAUCAGAAGUGUGAACAGAUUAAGACACAUCAGAGCACAGCAGCGUCUCAGCCACCACCUUGGUUGCAACCAAUGACCCCUCAACAACAGAUCCAGCAACAGUUCCCUGGCGCCGUGCUGAUCGCUCAGCCAAACAUGCCACCUGCCAUCCCCAUGCCAGACGCCACUCCAAUGUACACGAUGAAGUCGACUCUACCAUAUCCUCCACAUGGCACCAUCGCACUUCCAGCCACCGCUGGCACAGCCGGUGGUAAAGACGCCAACUCGACAGCUCCACUCAGCUUCCAACAAAAGAUGUUGCAGCAGCAGCAGAUGUACCAGCCACCUGCCGUGCCCACCACCGCCGCAGCGCCACCCAAGUACACACCAGGCGUCGUCGCCGCCCCAGGCAACGCAUAUGGAUUCUAUCCUCCAAUUGUCUCUGCUGCUCAGCCACCUCCCGCCCAAUCACCCUCGCCAGCUCAGCCACAGACAGCACAGAACAAACAAGCUGCCGCCGCUUCUUCUGGAAACAGUGCUACUACCACUGCCGAUUGUCCAUUCUGUACAAAGAAGUUCCCUAUGAACGAGAUCGAGGCGCAUGUCUAUGGACACAUGGAUGGAAAAUACUGA